UUUUCAUACAAGUAAAAUAUAAGAUAAGAAUAUGGCUUCUAACUUCAAAAUCAAUUUUUUGAUGGUUUCUGUUGCAGUUUUUCUGCUUCUUAUUGCCUCUGCAUCCGCAAGAUUUUCCAUCAAAAUUUCGGAAUCCGAAAUCCAAACAAUCUGCUCAAAGGCAAAGAAUCCCGAGUUCUGCCAAACAUUCUUGAAAUCAAAACCCGAAACCGUACAAGCAGACCUUCCGGCCUUGGCCAAACUCACUGUCGAUUCCGCACGUAAGAGUGCUUCGAUGACUCUUGCGGAGAUCGAAUCACUUCUCCAACAAGCUUCUGAUCCUAAGUCAAAGGAGGUCUACACCUCAUGCUCCGAGAAUUAUGACAGUGCUACAACGAAUUUAGGUGAUGCCCUCAAAGCUUUGGUCGGAGGCGACCCAGGUACCGUGAACAUCAAAGUCUCGGCCGCAAUGACAGACGCAGAUACAUGCAAAAGAGAUUUGGUCGGUGUCUCACCCGAUCCAUCCUCGGUCGUGAAGGGAAUCGAAAACCUUGAGAAUGUGUCGAGCAUUGCUUUGGUCAUUUCCAACAUGUUGCCCAAAUAGAAUUCACCUAUUGAAUAUCUUUAAUAAAACCAUAAUUUAUCAUAUCAAAACAUAAUUCUCUUUUGAAUCAAAAAAGUGAAAGAGAAUAUACAACUGAUGGUGAAAUGAUCAACACAUUGAUUGCAUCAUAAAUUUGUAUAGCUCUCAAUGUGCCUAUGGC